AUGGCCGACAACGGAAUCCACCAGCUCACUCAGGCCGAACUCUUGGCCCAGAUGGCCGAACUACAAGCAGAAGUCAAACGACUUGCUGAGUUGUCCACCCAGAACAGCGGCAAUAAGCAUGAUGAAAAGGGCCCAAGCAAAGGCAGUACAGACCUACUAAGUGUAAACCCACCAAAAGAGAAGUUUACCUUAGACAACCCUUUCUCGGAGGAAAUCACCAACUACCAAAUGCCAAAGAAUUUCAAGCUACCUUCUUCGCUUGAGCCAUAUAAGGGGAUUGGUGACCCCCAGGCUCAUAUUAAGAAAUUUCAAUCUAUGAUGUUUUUCAAUGGCCCUAACAAUGAACCUGUUCUUUGUAGAGCUUUUCCUACCUACCUCGACGGCGCUGCGUUACUUUGGUUUUCAAAAUUACCUGCAGGUUCGAUCUCUUCCUUUGAAGAACUGGCGAAGUCCUUCAUAGACUACUUCGCUGUAGCACGGAUAUACGUGCACGGAUCCGAUUAUCUCGGCACCAUCCGCCAAGGUCCCCAAGAAAGCCUGAAAGACUAUCUGACCAGAUUUGCAGAAGCAACAAUGGAAAUACCCGAUCUGGACCCCGCUGUCCACCUACAUGCCCUCAAGGCCGGCCUCCGACCGGGAAAAUUCAGAGAGACAAUCGCAGUCACCAAGCUGAAGACAUUAGAGGAGUUCCGAGAAAGAGCAGCUGGACAGAUGGAGAUUGAAGAACUCUAUGAGGCCAACAGAACAGAAAGAAAACCUAGAAGGGAGGACGACAGAAUGCCAAGGUCGGCGAACAACAAAGAGCUCGGCAAACCAUUCAAGCUGACCCCAAAAUUCGACAACUGCACCAGAUUCAACACAAGGAGGGAAAAGAUAAUCAAAGAAAUAAUCAAUGCUAAAAUCAUAAAACCACCCGCAAGAGCUGGGAGCUAUCAAGACCAGAGAUUCGUUGACAAAAGCAAGCACUGUGCCUUCCACCAGAAAUACAGACACACAACCGAUGAGUGCGUGAUAGCCAAAGAUCUAUUGGAAAGGUUAGCUCGGCAAGGCCUCCUAGAUAAGUACAUCGAAGGAAGGAAACGUAAAGAGGACGAUAGGGACAAAGAAGAGUGCCAACAAGCCUCGGGAAACAAGGAAGCCAAUAAAUGA